AUGUCGGUAGAUAUAGAGAACCUUGAUUCUUGUUCGACGAAAGAAGAAGUAAUUGCAAAAGGAAAGAAGAUGGAAAGUUGGAUGGAUGAGAUGUUAGCAGACAAUUGGACUCCAUUGAGUUAUGCACAUUCGGAAAUUGAAGUAUCAGACAGACCACAAGAAGGUUCGAUCUUGUAUUUGAAGAGCCAAACAACAAUUAAAGCAGACAUAAAGAAGACUUUUGAGUUUCUUAAAGGUGGGUCACUUGAAAAUCAGAAAAAUAUUGAUAAAGAUUUCCUUUCUUUUGAAUUAAUAGACAUUUACGAUGAUAAUACUUGUGCUUUGGGAUAUUUUCUUCACAAAGCGCCAUGGCCUUUAUCAAACAGAGACUUUGUUUUUGUUUGGAAAUGGUUUAUAAAAGACGGCUGUUAUUAUCUGAUUCUAGAAUCCGUCAAUUCGACCCAACACAAUACAUAUUCCAACGAUACAGUUCGUGGAUUCAUAACUGUAGGCAUGAAAUUGGUACCAAAAGACGAUGGAUUUGUUUUGAUUCGAAUAGUCAAAGGAGAUCCCCGCGGAAAUGUUCCAAGUUGGUUAGCUUCUGUUGUCAAAAAGAAUGAUGCAGACUGUCUAUACCAUCUUUCUUCUUAUUUACCUCAGACGUUUCCCUUCUAA